AUGGCAUUGGAUCUCCUGUUGGCUGAGAAAGGUGGAGUUUGUGCUAUUGUGGGAGGAGAAUGUUGCACGUACAUCCCUGAUUCCACUCAGGCUGUGCAGGAUCUAGAGGACGUGGUGCAAAAGCAGAUGUCUGAGGCAAAUUCUGUUAUGCUCCUACGGGCUCCCCCUCUUCCCUACGCGGAUGAUCCUCUUCUUCCCGCCUGGCUCUACGACCCUCAGCCCCAGGUUGUCGUCCAUGCGACCGGCAACGCCGACACCGAAGAGUCUUCCCAUGAUGAGGAGGAUGAGGACAAUGACCAAGAGAAUGAUGAUGAGGAAGAAGAACAUCCUCCUGAAACGGGAGGGGCUGAGUGGAUAAAGGAUUUCGAAGCUGCAGGAAAACUGGGAGAGACUGUUGUGCUUGAUUACCUCUAUGUGGCAGAAGACAUGCAUGCCGUUUGUCAGCCCGGCCAGGAGAAGUGGUAUGUGGGAGUAGAUCCAGAUUCCCAGUACUGGUUCGCCUUCACCUUUCUGGGGAAGAGGUGGACCUGGACAGUGAUGCCCCAGGGCUACACAGAGUCACCUAGCGUGUAUGGACAGGAGCUGGCAAAAAAUUUGGAGGGGUUUACUGCACCUGGGGGUAGCACACUGGUACAGUAUGUGGAUGAUUUGUUGCUUUGCUCUCACACUCGCGAGUCCUGUAAACAGGACACCAGAGCUCUGUUAGACUUCCUGGCUGAAAAUGGGCACAAAGCCUCCAAAGAAAAGCUGCAGCUGGUGUCACAAAGGGUUAAAUACCUUGGACAUGUGUUGACAAGUGAGGGAAGGUCAUUAGGACCAGAUCGAGUGGCCUCCAUACAGGAGAUGCCCAAACCAGAAACUAAACAGCAAUUGCUUUCAGUCCUUGGCAUGAUUGGCUAUUGCAGGCCUUGGAUUCAGGACUAUGCACAGAGAUCACAGCCCUUGAUUGACUUGACAAUUGGGCUAGGACUGACAGACAGACUGACGUGGACGUCCGAAGCUGAAGACGGCCUGAUUGAUUUAAAACAAGCGUUAAUGUCAGCUCCAGCUUUGGGGGUGCCUGACUAUAGAAAGCCAUUUGUGCAGUAUGUAGAUGAGAAAAAAGGGUUCAUGACUUCAGUUCUGAUUCAGUAUCAUGGGGAAAGGGGCAAACCGGUUGCAUACUACUCAAAGCGUUUGGACUCGGUGGCUCGAGCAUUGCCCCUUUGUCUUCGAGCGGUAGCUGCGGCCGCAGAGGCAGUGAUGGCAAGCGCAGAUCUAGUCCAGUUACAUCCACUGAAACUUCGAGUUCCCCAUGCAGUGCACGCAAUCCUGACACAGGUCAGGACAUGUCAUUUGACGCCUGCGCGAUCGGUGCAUUAUCAGAAUGUUUUGUUAACACUGGCAAAUGUGACUGUGGAAAGAUGCUCUGCUUUGAAUCCGGCGACCCUCCUUCCCACGGAGGCGGACGGAGAACCGCAUGAUUGUUUGCAGGCCAUCGACUGUGUGUGCAGGCCUAGGCCGGAUCUGACCGACAUCCCACUGGAAGGAGGCGACAUCCUGUUUGUCGAUGGGAGUUCUUUGAGGCUGGAGGACGGAUCUCCAGCGACCUCCUAUGCCGUGGUGAUGCAAGACGGAUUACUUGUGGACGGAGGGCCUCUGCCCAGACAUUGGUCCGCACAAGCGGCUGAGCUGUUUGCACUGCGACAGGCCUGCAAAUUGGCUGAGGGACAAAAAGUCACUAUCUACACAGACUCAAGAUAUGCCUUCGGGGUGUGUCAUGAUCAUGGUGCAUUGUGGAAGCAGAGAGGUUUUCGCACCAGCACUGGAAAACCCAUUCAGCAUCAUGAGUUAGUGGAACAAUUACUGGACGCUCUCAUGCUACCUAAACAGGUGGCAAUAGUGAAGUGCCAGGCCCACACUAAGCGGACUGAUGAAAUCAGUCAGGGAAAUGACCUCGCAGACCAGUGGGCUAAAAGUUUAGCCAAGAACUCCACUGGGUUUGGGAAUAAGGUUUUACUGGCAAAGAAUGUCGAUAAACCAGGCGCUGAAAAUGACCUUGUUUUGAUUCAAACAGGUGCAACGGAGGCUGAGCUCCACGGCUGGAAACGGAGCGGGGCAUGGAGUGAUAGAGAAGGCGUGUGGCGACAUUCUGGGACUAACAAACCUUAUCUCCCUAGAUCUGCGUAUCCAGGGAUGGCCAAAGCCGUUCAUGGCCUGGAUCAUGUGUCUCGGGACGGGAUGGUGGCAGCUGUGACUCGGGUGUGGCAUGCCCCUGGGUUUGCCACAGCUGCUGCCCAAUUCUGCGGGAAGUGUAUGGUGUGCAUGAAAUUCAAUGUGGGAAAGGGCAUCCCAACCGGCCCUGCAGUGACCCUGAGUCCCCAAAGCCCAUUCGAUCACCUGCAGAUGGAUUUCAUUGAGCUAACGCCAUGCAGGGGAUAUAAGUAUUGCUUGGUGAUUGUAGAUCUGUUUUCCAGAUGGGUGGAGGCAUUUCCUUGCCGUCGCCCUGAUGCUCUGAGUGUGGCUAAAUGUCUGUUAAAGGAGGUGAUUCCACGAUGGGGCAUUCCAUCUAAAAUCACCACAGACAACGGUCCUGCAUUCAUCGCCGAGAUCCUGGCUAAAUUGUCCCAUUGGAUGCAAAUUGAUUUGAAGCAUUAUUGUGCAUAUCACCCCUCGAGUGGGGGGAUAGUGGAGAGAGCAAAUCAGACACUUAAACUGAAAUUGGCGAAAAUUUCAGAGACGACGGGCCUGCCCUGGGUGGAUGCCCUGCCCCUGGCUUUGUUAUUCAUGCGAGCAAGGACACACUGCCAAACAGGAUUGGCUCCUUUCGAAGUGUUGACGGGAAGGCCGAUGCGUGUUUUGUCUCCCUCGCGAUAUGUCACACUGGAGACCGUGGAAGGGGAUUUGCUGACUUAUCUUACAGGUUUGCGGCAGGCGAUAGGUGCAGCCUGGGACCAGGUUCAUGCCAAUUGGAGGAAUCCAGAGGGAGAGCUGCCACGAGCUGUGACACCGCUCGAGCCAGGGAGCUGGGUGUUGGUUCGCGACCUGAGGAGGAAAAGAUGGAACACGCCGAGAUGGAGGGGACCCCACCAGGUCUUGAUGGCAAAUUCUGUUAUGCUCCUACGGGCUCCCCCUCUUCCCUACGCGGAUGAUCCUCUUCUUCCCGCCUGGCUCUACGACCCUCAGCCCCAGGUUGUCGUCCAUGCGACCGGCAACGCCGACACCGUUGGUGACUCCUGUUCCAUCCAGCCGCCACCGGCCCGCUUCGACCCGCUGCGCAAUGGUCCGGCGUUUUACUACACUGCGGACUCUGAUUGUUUGUGAACUAUGCGGAUUUCGCAUGUUCAAAAGGGGGGAAUGUGGAAUUAAAAUUGGACAUCGGUAGGCCCGGGAGGUUGGCAUAUUGGGACUGUGUGUGUCUUUAGGCCUUAGGCAAGAAGAGAUUGUUUUGAAUACUGUGUGACCUCGCUUCGAGAUAGCUGCCUGCAGUAAGUUCCGCAGACCCUGAGGAAAGCUCGGGCCUUGGAGAGGCAGACAGCGGAACUAAGGGGGGGGAGAAACCACCUGCAGGGAGAGAUUCGAAGCUGCCCCAACUGGUGCACAGCGAGUUAUAGCUUUAUAGAAUAGUUGUGGCAAACAAUAUAUAGCAAGCUAUGCGGUAGUGCAAAUGUAUAAGUAAUUGUUAAUCAUACAAAUCAUAUGUUAACCAUGUAUUGGCAGUGAUUCAAUGACAAUACGUCAAUACGUUAAUCAUUAAUCAAAGGACAACUGAGUAUUUACAGUGAUUCAAUGUCAUGUAAUCAAUAUCUAUAUUCAUAUCUCCAGUAGGAGCCUAGCAGUCGAGACAUGUUCUGGUAGACUGAGUAGAAUGGGUGGACUUUACCUUGCCACCAAGGUGAACCAAUAGAAUUCGAAAAUUGUGUUUGUUAUACGUUUAAGCUUGGUUCAUUGGUGUGUUGUGACCAAUCAGGAUUUAGACACCCUUACUGUGAAGUGGGAGUUAUGGUAUAUCAACUGGUUGCUCGGAGAGCUAAAAGAGAUUUGGUACCGAAUGCCAGAGUGUGAUGAGAGCGCUUUGCUGAGUUGCUAGAAUAAAAGAGAUUUCCUUUACCUCAUCAAACUGAGAGGUCCGA